AUGCGCAAAGAUCGAGAGUAUAGAAGGCAUGGCAAUUUGGCUUCUUCAACGAGCAAGCGGGUAUCAUCGUGGUUGUUCUUCUGGUCUGGAAUGCUUCUCGUGAUAAGUUUUUUUCAGCUCCGAACUCCGAAAAUUGGUUCUUACGAUGGAGGUGUGAGACAACUUCCGGAACACGCAGAAGGCGAACAGAUUGGGGAUUAUAGUGAUAGACUGGAUCAGUACAGCCUGGAGAUUUUCUCCGCACCAAAACCAUUCGUCGGUGAGGACAAAGCUAACAACGAACGUGCCAUCAAAUCCUGGUUGCGUCUGAAACCAAAACCGAAAGUAACGCUUUUGGGAUAUGAGGCAGGAUAUGAUGAAGCUGCCCGAGAAUUUGGCAUAGGUAUUGAAAGAAGAGUUGACAAGAACUUUCUGGGGGUACCCUUGUUCAAUUCUAUGCUUCAAAGAGCGAACGACUCGAAGGAGAUGAUAACUGUAAUUAUUAAUGGAGACAUCCUUCUGUUCGAUGACUUUACUCAAACUCUAAGAAAAGUUGUUUCGAACUUCGAACACUUCUUGGUAGUGGGUGCUCGAUAUGACGUUGACAAACUACCCGAAAAUUUAGACGAAAGCGAUCCCCAGUAUACUCGCAAGAUUCGAGAACAUGUUCUUUCAACAGGCACGUUGCAUACAUAUGGAGGAAUGGAUGUUUGGGCUUGGAAUUCGAACGGACCCAGGCUCUUUGACCCCGUCAUGCCGCAUUUUAUUUUUGGAAGAGGAAAGUACGAUAACUGGCUUACCCAUGAAACCAUCUCUGCUGGUCGUCGACAAGUUGUGGAUGCUUCUGAAACUUGCUUAACUGUUCACAUUCGGCACGACUACCAUUUGGUCACAGGGAACGCGAACCAAAAGCCAAAACGAAAUCUGCUUGGAGCUUUCUGGUCUGAAGGAAAAAAGUCAAAAUUUGAGCUGUUCAUCAACAUUUAUCUCAGCUUGCACGUUGGUUCAUAUACCAACCAAAUGGGAAAUGUGUUGUUUGCCCCCUGGAAACUGUCUCUGUGCCUAGAGCCAACAGGCAUGUGCUUACUUAAACGGAAGCGGCCAGGAAUAUGCAACUGUGAGUUUUCUAGUUUUGUCGGAAACACGCAGACAGACCCCGUUGUCAAGAAUGGUUCGAGAGUAAUACGAUGUGGUAUGAUUUCAGUCGAGACCAAAGAUAACUUUGUCAUUCCAGUUCUUCCACCGGAAGGAUCGACGGAAGCACCUGCAUUUGGUCUCCCUCUAACCAUGCAAUCAGUGGUAGAACGUGUCAUCAUCAAUAACACAAUAAUAUUGUCUGCUCUCAAUUAUGGCUACCGAGGAAUAAUGAUGAACUGGGUAUGCAACAUGCGACAUUUGGGGAUCACGAACUUCGUCAUUGCUGCACUUGAUGCGGAUCUUUACAAAUUCGCGUACACAAGAAGUUUGCCAACUUAUCUCGAGAACACAAUUUUUGCUGGUCUGAACUCAUCUCUUAUAGCAGACGCGUCCUACGGUUCCGAUUCAUUCAAGCAGUUGACGAAAAUGAAGUCGAGGGUAGUAGUACGUCUGUUGAAGGAAGGAUAUAAUGUCGUGUGGACUGAUAGUGAUAUCAUCUACUUCAGAAAUCCGUUACAAGAUAUGUGGAACUACAACGUUGAUCUGGUCAUUCAAACGAAUGCUCCAGAUAAUGAACCCAUGAAUGGUAGACGGAGGCUGAAUUCCGGAUUCUAUCUGGCUAGGAGUAAUGGCCCGACCAUUCAAGCUUUCGAGGAUAUCAUCAAGUUUGCAUCCAAAUCGAGAAUGUCUGAACAGCCUUGCUUCUACGAUGUUAUGUGCGGGAAAGAAGGACAAACAGCAGAAGGAGAUAACACAUGUAGGUACAAUGGGAUGGUCGUGAAGUUAUUAGACCGACAUCUCUAUCCAAAUGGAAUUACGGACGGAAUAUGGGAUGUCCCAGCUGGCAAAAUUCCAGACAUGUUUCCAAACUUAUUUAUUCUUCACAACAACUGGGUCAAAGGGGCAGACGGGAAGCGAUUGCGGUUUGAAAAGCAUGGUUUUAUUCUUUACGACAAGGAAUCUGAACUUUGUGUAUAUCCAGAAACUUGGUAG